CUCUUGUUGGUUGGGCUGUAGACCGCGCCAUUUUGCUAUACGUACACGUUUAUUGGUUUUUCGAUUUUUGCAGUUAAUAAAAAUCAAAAAUGUCAGAAGAAACUUCAGCCGAUCGAAACGUAGAAAUAUGGAAGAUCAAGAAACUGAUAAAAAGUUUGGAACUAGCUAGAGGAAAUGGAACUAGCAUGAUUUCUCUCAUCAUACCCCCUAAGGAUCAAAUUUCCAGAGUGAGCAAAAUGUUAGCUGAUGAAUUUGGAACUGCAUCAAACAUCAAGUCUCGAGUUAACAGGCUUUCAGUACUUGGUGCAAUCACGUCUGUCCAACAUCGAUUAAAACUAUAUACCAAAGUCCCUCCCAAUGGUUUGGUUAUUUACUGUGGAACAAUAGUAACAGAUGAAGGAAAAGAAAAAAAGGUCAACAUAGAUUUUGAACCUUUCAAACCAAUCAAUACCUCUUUGUAUUUAUGUGACAAUAAGUUUCACACAGAAGCUCUUACUGCACUCUUGGCAGAUGACAACAAAUUUGGAUUCAUUGUUAUGGAUGGUAAUGGUGCUUUGUUUGGUACUCUUCAAGGAAAUACUAGAGAGGUUCUUCACAAGUUUACAGUAGAUUUGCCAAAGAAACAUGGUAGAGGAGGUCAGUCUGCUUUGCGUUUUGCCCGUCUCCGUAUGGAAAAAAGGCACAACUAUGUGAGAAAAGUGGCAGAAGUGGCUACACAGCUAUUCAUCACCAAUGACAAGCCUAAUAUAGCUGGGCUCAUAUUGGCCGGUAGUGCCGAUUUUAAGACUGAACUUAGCCAAUCUGACAUGUUUGAUCCUAGACUGCAAGCGAAAGUCAUCAAACUAGUGGACGUCUCCUAUGGCGGCGAGAACGGCUUCAACCAGGCCAUCGAACUGGCCGCCGAGUCCCUCCAGAACGUCAAGUUCAUCCAGGAGAAGAAACUCAUCGGCCGAUACUUCGACGAGAUCAGCCAGGACACCGGCAAGUACUGUUUCGGGGUGGAGGACACGCUGCGCGGGCUCGAACUGGGGGCCGUGGAGACGCUGAUUUGUUGGGAGAACCUGGACAUCCAGCGGUACGUGCUGAAGAACCACGCGACCGGGUCGGAGACCGUGCUGCACUUGACGCCCGAGCAGGAGAAGGAUAAGUCGCAUUUUAGCGAUAAGGAUACUGGGGUAGAAUUAGAAUUAGUAGAAUGUCAGCCGCUAUUGGAGUGGUUAGCGAACAAUUACAAGAACUUUGGUGCUACUUUAGAAAUUAUCACAGACAAGUCCCAAGAGGGUUCCCAAUUUGUAAGAGGCUUUGGUGGAAUUGGAGGUUUGUUACGAUACAAAGUUGACUUCCAAAGUCUGCAAUUAGAGGAACUGGACAUCGCUGGCGACUUCGAUUUAGACGAUUACUAAAAUGUCUGUUGUUGCAAUUGUGUGAAACUGACGAAUUGGGGGAGCGGCGAGUGACGUCAUUUCAGGAACCGCCCCUUCUUAGGGACUCAAAAAUAUAUCAUAUUUAUAUGCCGGACAUACUUGAUGAUGUUAUUUAUUAAAUUUGUAUUGAUGUCAUGUGCGCAGCACAGAGAAAUAAACGAUGUAUUAUUUCAAAUAACAUUUAUUGCUCAUAGAUUUGUUUUAAUUGUUGAAUUUUGUAUAUGGAUAUUGUUUUUUGUAAUUGGAAAUAUAGAACCCUUUUUAAUUUUGAUAUAGGUAAUGUAGAUAU